UGAAUGUGCAAUUUCGCCAUGGAAGUGAUGAAUAGUAGGUCACCAGUUGAAGCAUUGGCUCACUACUGCAGCGGUCGUGGAAUCUGAGGGCGCGUUCUAAAUUGUAAACCCUCGCGAUCACACAUUGUUGAUUGGCUGCCGCUAUUUACAAACUAGACGAGCUGGAACGCGUUCUGUGUUGCACUGAUUGCAAGAAACCAGUCAUUCAGCCAGCCAAGCUGUCAGAGAGAUAUGCAUGUUGCAUGUUGCCCACUAGUUUUACCUGUCCAGCUUGUUUGCCAAGGCUGUGUCCAUAUUUUCUUUAAUCAAAGCGCACGUUUCCCGACGAAAUCUACGUGUCGAGCGGUGGACGGUGAAUUUGAAAAUACACCAGACAUUGAAUGGCAUUGUGGCAAAUAUUUGGUGAAACUAAACAUAACUUGGAAGUUCCCGAGAAAAAUAUUCCUAACAAAGUAUUCGCACACAAUGGUUCGGAGGGAGAGGAACCACAGCGGCAGACUGCGAUAUGGCCCAGACCAUUGGCUCAAAAGUGGACGGUGACGCUCUUCUUGGGCACAUGUCUCCUUUACUGUGCCAGGAUGGCCAUGCCAAUCUGUGCUGUCAACAUGGCCACCACAUUUGGCUGGAGCAAGACGCAGUCUGGUGUGGUAAUGGGGGGCUUCUUUUGGGGUUACUGCUUCACUCAGGUGCUGGGAGGUCAUGUCAGCGACAGAAUUGGUGGUGAACGGGUCCUACUUCUUGCCACUACAUCCUGGGCUUCCAUUACAGCAUGCACCCCUCUGUUGGCACAACUCGGCAUCAGUUCCCUCACCUCCAUGACGGUGGCCAGAUUCCUUAUGGGGCUAUUACAAGGUGUCCACUACCCCUCUUUGGCCAGUCUUUGUUCCCAACGAGUGGAUGAAGGGGAAAGAGGCUUUCUGAUGAGUACCAUGGGCAGUGGCUCUUAUAUGGGAACACUGAUGGUGGGAGGACUGGGGUCCGCGAUGUUGGAACGCUAUGGCUGGGAGAGUGUGUUCUAUGGCGCUGGUCUGCUCUCGGGACUGUGGUCAUUGACUGUGUGGAGAUUUCUACUGAGAGGUCAAAUGAACACAAUCCAAGUGCUGUCAAGCCAUGGAUCCAGUUCGGGUCUGUCAAAGAAACGCUGGCUAAAAAUGUUCAAACAGCCCUCUGUGUGUGCCAUGGUCUUUGCUCACCUAUGCUUCAGCAGUACUUGUUACUCAUUGAUGUCAUGGCUACCAACCUUUUUCAAAGAUACAUAUCCGCACGCCAAGGGAUGGGUGUGUAACGUAAUUCCAUGGUUGGUUGCAAUCGCAUCUGCGCUCUUUGGAGGCAUAAUUUCGGAUCACCUCAUUCAGCAGGGAUUUCGAACAUCAUCUGUUAGGAAGAUGAUGCAGUUCAUGUCCAUGGGUGUGUCCAGUGUGUUCCUCCUGCUACUCUGCAGGCCACUCUCAUUCCCUUCCGCUGUGAUCUUUGUCUCUGCUGCUAUGGGCCUCGCCACCUUCAACAGCAGUGGUGUGUCUGUGAAUGUACAGGACCUAGCCCCAUCGUGCGCUGGAGCCUUGUUUGGAUUUAUGAAUAUGUGUGGAGCUUUCACAGGUCUGGUGCUGGUCUAUGUUUCUGGAUACCUGAUUGAGGUCACAGCUUCCUGGGGUUACGUGUUCUCACUCUUCACAAUGGUGAAUACCAUGGGCCUCGGAGUAUUCCUCAUGUUUGGAGAAGCCAACCGUGUGGACUUGUGGAAUUUGUCUGCAGUCACUCGUGUAUGACCCACACAAAGACACUGCCAAUAACUUAGUGUGUAUAUCUGUGUAGGCUAUAAUGUCAGUCUAACAAAAUGGUUUGUGUAGAGGAUUGCAGGCCUUACUACAAUAUGCAUAUGAAAAAAUGACUUGUUUCUGACAUGAUUUAAAUUAUGCCUUCGUGCACCAGGUCUGAGAAUAAGAUGCUUUAAAAUAUUUAUAAUUCAGUGUUGCUUCACUUGGUAGAACUUUGAAAACAUUAUCUAUUGUCCCUGAAAUUGAAAAGCGAAACAAGACAACAGUAAACAUGUCAUCCCCCAUGAAUGAUGCAGCCUCCCCCAUUGGGCCAAUUGAGAUAUCUUGUGUGACUAACACAUUUUAGUUGACCACAGAUUAGCUUUUAUAUAUCUAACAAUGGAAAUAAAUGUCUUUAAAAAUGGAGGGCAGUUAGCCUGGGUACCAGUCCAGGUCUUGACAUUCAGGUAAAUUUGCCAGUUGCACACUGGGCCAGUACCAAGUGAAAACUAUUGGCCUGAAUUUUUUAAUUACUGACCCAGGCCAAGAUAUCAGAAUUUAAAUCUGGGUGAUUUCACGUUUCAUUUGCAGUUUGGGCAAAUACCUUAUAUUAUAGCCAACCAUAAAAUCACAUAUUUAUUUACACUGAUUGUUUGGAAAACAAAAAUAAAACCAUGCCCCCCUCUCAAUGAUGACAUAUAGCCUAUAUUAAACUGUUUAAAAUGUAAUAUUCCCCUCCAAAAAUUAGCCUAGUAACAUAUUGAUGAAAAGCAAUAUCUUUAUAUGGUCUAUAUGAUCAGGCAGGUGUGCUAUUUUAGCAAUAAGCAUGAUCACCUGUCUGACCCAUUAUCAUGGCUAUAUGCUGAAGCAUGAGGUUGCUUCUCUACAUGGUUUACCCCAAAGGGCUAAUCAUUAGCUAUGUCACAGACUAAAUAUGACCUUGUUGCUUGUAUAAUAUCUUUAAAAAAAACUCCCACUGGCAUUCAUAAAAUCAUGUAAUUGUUAUGUUUAUAAAUAGUGUAAUUGUGUGAAUUGUACAGUAAUAGAGGCCUACGUAAAACACAUGCGAAUGGCUGACACGCUUCACGCAGUAACUUUUUUAAAUUGUCAUGAUAGACACUAAAGAUUGUAAAACGCUGCCAAUUGGAGUUGAGAAAUAAAUUAUAGCCCUAUAACACUCUAACGCUGGGAUCACGCUCUUUUCAAUAAUUUCCAUCAAAACUGUUGUAUUUUCCAGAGAUUGCAUUUAAGAUUUUUGCGCAGAGACUGGGUUUAUUAGAACAGAUUUAUUUCUGCGCAGCAAUCAGCAGUGUCCAUAGUUCUGCGCUCUUGCCACCUGACAGUUGAUAUUCAAUGAAUAAAUAAACCACUCAUGAACAGUU